AAAAAAUGUGUGCAUUAGUCCCUCCAGUAUUCCCAAACUUUGGGUGGCCGUCGACAGGAGAGUACGAGAGUAAUUACUACCUGGCCGGAGAGAACCUCGACGACUUUACGUUUCUUGAUUUACCAGCACCGGCGACAUAUGAAGUGGAACAUCAUAAGGAGAUUCAUGAAAUGCUGGGGGUCUCUGUUUCUUCGGAAGGGAAUGAGAUAGCCAAUAAUCCGGUCGUGACCAAGAAGCUUAAUCACAAUGCUAGUGAGCGUGACCGUCGCAAGAAGAUCAACUCUUUGUUCUCAUCUCUCCGUUCAUGUCUUCCAGCUUCUGAUCAAUCGAAGAAGCUAAGUAUUCCUCAGACGGUUUCACGGAGCUUGAAGUACAUACCAGAGCUGCAAGGGGAAGUAAAGAAGCUAAUAAAAAAAAAGGAAGAGCUUUUGGUGCGAGUAUCAGGUCAAAGAGCCAUUGAACAUUACGUUGAGCCGCAACCAAAGGCCGUUGCACAUUACGUCUCGACCAUUUCUGCGACUAGGCUUGAAGAGAACGAAGUGAUGGUCCAAAUCUCAUCGUCCAAGAAUCAUAACUUUUCGAUAUCUAAUGUGUUAAGUGGGUUAGAAGAAGACGGGUUUGUUCUUGUUGAUGUUACAUCUUCAAGGUCUCAUGGAGAUAGGCUCUUCUACACUUUGCAUCUUCAAAUGGGAAAUAUUGAUAAUCACAAACUGACGUGUGAAGAGCUAAGCCAGAGAAUGCUGUACUUGUAUGAGGAAUGUGGAAACUCAUCUAGAUGAAAAUCUGUUCUUGUUUCUUUAGUUAUGCAAUCCGUUUCUCAACAUCUAACAUUCCUCAUGUAGUCAAGUUGUUUCGUUUAUUUUUCUUGUCGAAGUCAAUGAUCGAUUAUUACAUUUACAUGCUAUUGAAU